CGCACAAUAACAAGUCAUGUGACCAGGGGAGGGGGCUUCCUGUUUCCCAGCCCCUCCCGGGCCAGCCUUAGGCCACCCAGAUCUGAGUAGGCAGUGGCCAGCAACAUGCCAGGAGCUCGGGCCUCUGACUGAGUGUCCCCGGGGAAACAGAGGACAAGAGUUUCUGGACAGGAAUGAGCGUCAGAGCCACGCGGCCCCGAAGCCGGCGGGGGAGACCCGCUCCACCGGGUGAACUCGAUCCUGUGGCUGAGAGCUCAGAGGAAGCCGAAGCGGCAGGCAGCAACACCAGGCUCAGCGCAGGCGCAGUACGGGAGGAAGCCAGGCCGCGGCUGCUGGAGCCCAGGGCCGGGGCCAGCGACCAGGGGCUGGGGGACGGGGCUGAUGGGGACGCAGAUGGAGAUGCUGGCAGGGUGCUAUGCCCUGAGGGACCCCAGGAGCCCCCAGCCCCAGCUCAGCAGCCCCCCGAGGCCGAUCCAGCAGAUGGGGGGGCCGAGCCCACCGGGACGGGGGCCCCCGAUGUGUUUCACACCCUCCAGCAAGCGCUGAGCUCCCUGGAGGCGGCGGUGGCUGCCUGGCGGUGCCGCCCGUGCCCCACGAGCCCCCUGCCAGAGGGUGCGGGCCCCAGCCACGCGGCCAGGGCGCCGGGGUGCAGUGCAGGCCAGCGGGAAGCAGCACGGCUCUCCGAGAGCAACGCCUGGCUGCGGCUGGCCCUGGACACGCGCGAGGCCGAGCUGCUGCGCACACGCACCGCCCUGCACGCCUUCCAGGCCGAGAAGGAGACCCUGCACCAACACGUCCAGGAGCUGCAGGAGACCCUGAGGAGGGUGCGGUCCUCCCCGCCCGGGUCUCCCAGACUUGCCGGAGGCCCAGGCAGUGACUCCAGCAGCUCGGGGGCCGACACGGAGCCCUGGGGUGCUCGGGACUCCUCCUCGGUUUCCCCCCUGCUCCGGCUGCGUGAUUCCAGCUCCCAGAUCCUCGGGCCUGUGUCCAUGCCGGUCUGUGGGCCCGCGGAGAAGCUUCUGGAAGGCCGGGUGGAGCAGCUGCAUGGGAGCGUGGAGAAGCUGAAGUGCUUCAACCGGCUGCUGCUGGCAGUGCUGCGGGGCUGCAAGGGCCGCUGCGAGGAGCUCAGCCUGCAUGUGGGGCGGCGCGCGGCGGAGGCCACGGCGCUGGGCCUGGCGCUGCACUACAGUGAGAGCUGCGAGGCAGCCUACGGGGCCCUGCUGGCACUGCGAGAGGCCGACCCUGCCUGGGGGACCCCGAGACCCAAAGCUGACCUGCAGCGGGCUGUGGAGGAGGCACGCAGGCUGCUGGCGGCCGUGGACGGAGGGACACCCCAGCACAGCCCCGAGGGCAGCAGUGCGGAUAAGCCGCAGGAAGUUGCCACCCAGCUCCAAGCCCAUAUCCAGCGGCUUCAGGAGCGCCAGGCCCUCCUGAAGAUCCCCCCUGAGCCCAGCCCCUCCGCGGCAGCGGGGCUCACUGCGCCCCACGGCGAAGUCAUGGUGCAGGCCAUUCUGGAAACCCAGCCCGGCCCGGCUCUGCCCCAGCUGGAGAAGACCCAGAUCCAACGGGGCUUGAUGGCCACGCGGGAGACCCUGGCUGAUCUGAUGCUGCAGCUUCAGCUGGUGCGCAGGGAGAAGCGGGGCCUGGAGCUGCGGGAGGCCGCGCUGCGGGCCCAGGGCCCCGCCCACGUGCUGCUGCUGGAGCAGCUGCAGUGGGAGCGCGCACAGCUCGCACCCGCGCCCCAGCGCAGCGGCCGCGGCGGAGGCAGCAGCGGGGAAGGGAGCAGCGAGGAGGACGAGGCGUGGCCACAGUUUGUCGCUGUCGCCCCGAGCCAGGCUGGCCUCCCCGGCAUGGCUUCCUGCGUGAGCGUCCACGGGGCUGCCUCUCCGGCCUCGCCGACGCGGCCCUCCACCAGCUCCUCCGGGUCUCUGUCCACGCAGUGUCCAGCCCGAACGCCGGUCACCUCCCUGGCCACGUCCCCUGCCCGAAUGCACCUCCUCCUGGAAGCCCCCUGGCCGUCCGCGGCCGGAACUGACCCCUCGGCCGCUUCAGGCUCUUCUCAGACUGAGGGCAGGGGCUCCAUCCCGCACCCUGCUGUCCGGCUGGGGCCUCUCGCCUCCCUCGCUCUGUCCCCGCAGGGUCUCCCUGCCCUCCCGGGGGACGAGGAAGGCCGGGACCCAGAGAAGUUGUCCCAGGAACUGGCUGCGUCCCUCGCUCGGUCCCUGGGCCUGCGGCAGCAGCUGCAGUCCCUGCGGGAGCGCCUGGAGCAGAUGGCCCGCAGGGGCCGAGCCAGCCGCGCUCAGAGUGCUGAGCUGCACCGAGACCUGUGCCGAGCUCACGGCGCCCUGGUCCUGGCCUUCCGCGGGGCCCACCGGAAGCAGGAAGAGCAACGCCGGAAGCUGGAGCAGCAGCUGGCCCUGCUGGAGGCCCGGCAGGCAGAAGAGCUGGCCAGGCUGGAGGCCACGGCCCGGGGCCUGGCGGGGCCCCGGCCUCCCCGCCCCCCGCCCCCCGCGGGGGAGACCCUUCUGUAGCCGCCCCCCAGGCCAGGCUGGCUCCCACCAUAAACUGCCCGCCACUGA